CCCUAAAGCUAUCUCCAACUUUGGCUCUAUAUAAACUGCCCAUGCAUACUCCUAUUCUCCAAAUCUAGUCCAGCUAUUACAUACAUACCUUCCCAUAAUAUACAGACUAAUUAAUUUCUCUUUAUUUUCUCUACUAUACAACAUUAUGUCCGGAGUGUGGGUGUUCAAGAACGGUGUGGUCCGCCUCGUGGAGAACCCUGGGGCGGACUCGAUUGAGCGAGGACAAAGAAAGGUACUAGUCCAUCUCCCUACGAACGAAGUUAUCACUUGUUACGAACAACUCGAGACAAAGCUCUUGAGUUUAGGUUGGGAACGUUACUAUGAUGAUCCUGAUCUUCUACAAUUCCAUAAACGUUCAACUGUUCACUUGAUUUCUUUGCCUAAGGAUUUUCGCAAGUUUAAGUCCAUGCAUAUGUUUGAUAUUGUUGUCAAGAAUCGUAACAUGUUUGAAGUCAGAGACAUCAACUGUUAAUUUAGUUGUUUUCUUUCUUUUUUUAUAAUUACUUUUAUUUUUUUGAAUUUGGAUUAAUUUGUGAGUGUUUUGAUUGUGUUUAAUUGAUUAACUAGCUAGGUUAGAGAAGCUAUAGCUAGUUGAUUAUUACUGUUAUUGUGUAUAGUUAAACUAUGUAUAGAGUGAUUAUGGUUGUGUUAAAUUUAAGUUGAUUUAUGUGGAUUUAGUAAUCACAGUUAUUGUUAUUCAA